UUAAAGAACGAGCUGCGUUCCGUAACAUUUCUUAGUUGAAGCAUAGGAUCGGCUACGGUCUCUGUGUGUGCGAUCAGGGCCGUCUCGCGCGAUUCUCACGCGACGAUGCCGUUCAUAUCGAAGGAUUGGCGCAGUCCUGGCGAGGAAUGGGUGAAAACCGUGGAGGGUUGGGAAAAGAAGAAAAUCCUCGAGUGUGCCAACAAUAAAACACUUUCUCUCCUGCUUCGCGGCGAUAAGGAUGCGCUCGACAAGAAGGAGAAGGAUAAGAAGAAAGAAAACGUCGUCCAGCCGCAUUGCCGCAUCACGCUGAAAUGCACACGCGAGAUCGCUGGUUUCAAUGGUUUGAGCGAUGCACUGAAGAGGCUGGACUUUUUGUCUGCGGUGCAUGAUUGCCGCCGCUUCAAUUACAUCGUCCGACUGUUGGAUCUUCUGGUUAGUCACAGGAUGGGUGGUCUCAGCGGAUGUGCUCAACGGGUCCUUUUCAAUAUGCUGGAAGAAGUCGCGUUAGAAGUAUCAUUGUCGCAGCAACAAACUGGAAGGCUUCGUCGGUUGAUCGAAAGAGUCCGAGCUUUCAGCGCUGGUUGUUGCUGGGGCGGUAGACCAUUAGGCUCUGUAAUCUUGUGGGAGAAGCACAAAGCUGCUCUGGAAAGAAUCUUAGAAAUUGCCUCGUCCAUCACUAUAACACAGCCUGACGAGGAACAGCAGCCACAGUGGUCUGAUUUGCCUGCUGAAUGCCGUCGAGAAGUUCUUCUCCGACUGAGCGAUCCGCGAGACAUCGAAGCGUCCUCAAAAGCCUGCGAGCAUCUCGCGAUUCUCGCACAGGAACAAAGAAUCUGGCGAGAACUCGCUCAGUACCAUUUCACACCCCAGCAAAUAGCCACUACCAGAGAAAAUAAUCCUGGAAAAGACUGGAAAGCUAUAUUCACUAUCGCUCGAAGGUCGUUCGGCUUGCGAGAAGAAUACGCAGAGAUGAUUCAGUUGUGCCGCAACUGUCGCUGCUUGUUCUGGCGAUCCCUCGGUCAUCCCUGUAUCGCCGACCAGGAUCCGGCCUUUCAAGAGAAGCUGGCAGACGUCGAUCGAGCUUCUCUUCACGUUCCAAUUCCUCCGCAGACCUUCCUCAAGUUCUUCUCCCUUUGAAACGGACAAAAUAGUCACGAUGUUUGUUAGAGGAAAAGAUCUGUGCCAGUCUACUCCUCCACCAAUUCUUGGCAAACAAAGAAUAAUGCUCCUCCUCCUUUUUAUUCUCCGAACG